AACGUACCUAAUACACGUGUGGUUGACAGCAACACUUUGUGAUUAGUUUUGUUUGCGAAUAUUUUUCAAUCGUUUUAAAAUAAUUUGUUAAUAUAUAGUAAAAUAUACAUAAAAUACACAAAAUAUACAUAGCAUAUCGUUAUUGUAUAAUUGUUGUAAAAGAUGGCUAUGUUAGCUGAACCACGACAGCGUAAGCGGUAUAAUUUAACACCGCGAGGCAAGGCCUUAUAUGAAGAUGAUACGCGUUUUGGCACAAAAAUGUUGGAGAAAAUGGGCUGGUCCAAAGGAAAAGGUCUCGGUGCCAAAGAGAACGGUAGUCAAGAUUUUGUGCGUGUGCGUAUGCGUAACACAAACGAAGGUUUGGGAUUUGAAGAUCGUGAUGACCAUUGGACACAACAUGAACAAGAUUUUAAUGGAUUGCUGAAAUCAUUAAAUGGUGAGGAGGAGGAGGACAAUGAGAAAGUUAGUGACAAUAAAGACAGUGCUUCUGAUGAGGAAACUCCCAGAGUGGGAUUCGGAUUCGCAACCGAAUCGAAAAAACCGAAAGUGGAAAAGUUGAAGGAUAAAAUUAGUGGUAUUUCCCUGGAACAGAAGUCAAAACAUAGUAAAGCUCGUGUACAUUACAAAAAGUUUACGAAAGGAAAGGAUAUAGCACAAUAUAGUGAAAAAGAUCUUGCAAAUAUAUUUGGCAAAAAAGUCGUUGAAACGGAACAAGCGGAUGGUGUUUAUGCGCAGCUCACAGCUAUAAUGACUAGAGAAGAUAAAGAAAAAACGGAAACCGCAGAUGCUGAAGAAAACGAAGUAAAGCCAAAUUUUGGUGGCGUACAAACAAUUAGCACAGGUAUGUCGGUGAGUGAUUACUUUAAACAAAAAAUGGAAGCAUUGAAAAACAAACAGAAACAGAAUAAUAAUGAACGAAAGGAAGCAGAAAUAGUAGAAGUGCCAGAUGAGGAAUCCACAGAAAAUAAAAAGAAAUCUAAAAAGAGGAAGCAUGAAAGGGAAGCAGUUGAGGCUGAAAGUCAAACCACCGAAGCAAAUGUUCUUAAAGAAAUGGAAGACAGUCCAACUUCCGAAAAGGACGAAAAUAAGCUGCAAGACAGUGCUAUUGAAACUGUGGAUUUAACGGACGAUGUAGAGAACGAAGAUGAGGAUGUUCCCAAAAAGAAGAAAAAGAAGAAGUCCAAAGAAAACCAAUUAGAGCAACACACAAAUGAAAACGAAGUUAUGGAUGAAAUCAAGGAAGAAGAAAAUUCGGCAACAGAGGCGCCUAAGAAGAAAAAGAAAUCAAAAAAGAGUAAAAGGAAGCAAUCACAAGAUGAUGACGAUGUAAUAAUUGUAGCGGUUGAACCGUCAACAUAUGAGAAGUUAUUGCAAAUACCGGAACAAGCGGAAAGCCAUGCAAAAGAAGUACCAACGGAUGGUAUAAAAGUGAAGAAAAAUAAAAAGUCCAAAAAGGAGAAAAAAAAUGAGAAAUCAAGUGAAAACGAAGAUAGUGUCGACGCCGGACAAACAACGAAAAAGUCGAAGAAAUCCAAAAAAGAUGUAAGUGAAGAUAACAAAGCGUUGACACUUGAUGAAUUGAUAGCCAAAUAUAAUUCUUACAAUAUCUACACAAUUUCCUCAUUUGUAGCAGAAAAAUUCCGCAAUGUUGAUUUAGACAGCUUCAAAGGCUCAACCAUAACACAUAUACCAGGUUAUACACAAACGGGCGAUAUUCAACUGAAGGUGGUGAAUGAACCCAAAGAUGAAGAGCGUAUCACGAGAUUAUGGAAUUGCAGUGAAGAUAAAUAUAUUGAAGUCAAUCCUAAAGCCAUUUUUGGCAGAUACAAACAAAAUACUAUAAAUGCAUAUAGAAAUAAGAAAGAUGCAAAGAAACCCUUACCGUUGUUUAACAUCAAGUCGCUUAAGAGAAAAAGUGUUUUCCAACCAAUAUGAAAGAUACACAAUAAAAAGAAGUUAUUUACUACUUAGAGGUAAA